AUGAAUACCAAAGCCAACACAUCCCUCGACGACAAGGACACGAUCCUUGCCGGCGGCUAUAAAGAUAUCGGUAACGUCUUCCCAAGGGACGUUGCUCCCCAUAUCAUAUAUGCCAUCAUGGCGGAGAAUGUCCAGCUCAGAGCGGAGAAUGCGCGACUGAAGGAGGAGAACGAAGGGAUGCAGGUUACCUUGAAGCAUUGGGAUCAUAACUUGGCGAUGUGGAUUCGCUACUAG